GCACGACAGUGGAUUCAACAACAGAUGCAAUUGAAUUAACAACAGUCAUAGAUGUGACAGUUACAGAUUCAAUAACAGAAGAACCCAACAGUGUUGUUCUUGCCAGAGAUGAUACUCAGAUCACCAAUGACACAAUAGCUGUAACAUGGAGUAAUAUUUCAGGGGAUAUAGUAGAUCACUACACAGUGCAGUGUUCAUCUGGUGGUACACCAGAGGAUGCACGUGUACAGAAUGAUACAGUCCAUUACAGUGCUAAAUGUACUGGUUAUGAGACUGCAGGAAAGUUAGAAAACAUCUCAGUGGCAGCAGUGAGUGGAGAUCUCAACACCACCGGAUCAGAAAGUGAACCAUCAACAAUGGAGAUACAUACAAAACCAAACAGUGUUGUUCUCGCUCGAGACGAUAGGCACAUCACAAAUGAUAUAAUAGCGGUAACAUGGAGAAGUAUUGCUGGAGAUGUAGUAGAUUAUUACACAGUGCAGUGUUCACCUAGUGGAACAGCUGAAGAUUCUGGUGUUGAGUUUGUUGAUGAUACAGUCAUUUACAGUGCUAAAUGUACUGGGUAUGGGACUGCAGGAAAGUUAGAAAACAUCACAGUGACAGCAGUGAGUGGAAAUAUUAGCACCACUGGAGCAGAAAGUGAACCAUCAACAAUGAAUAUACAUACAAAACCCAAUCAAGUUAUUCUUGCUAGAAAUGAUACUCAGAUCAGCAAUGAUACAAUAGCUGUAACAUGGAGUAGUAUUGCUGGGGAUGUAGUCGAUUACUAUACAGUGCAGUGUUCACCUGGUGGUACAGCAGCAGAUUCAUGUGUACAGUAUGUAGAUGAUGCAGUCACUUACAGUGCUGAAUGUACUGGUUAUAAAACUGCAGGAAAGUUAGAAAACAUCACAGUUACUGCAGUGAGUGGUACAGCUAGUUCUAGUCAAUCUGAGAGUGAACCAUCAACAAUUGAAAUACAUACAAAACCCAAUGCUGUGAAUUUGGAAAAAGAUGAUAAUUUUAUCACAACUGAUACAAUAGCAGUUACAUGGAGUAAACCAGAAGGGAAAGUGAGUGGCUAUACUGUUGAAUGUUCAAAUAGUGGAACUGGAGAUUAUGAAGAAAUAGUCGCUGUACCUAUGAAGUACCGCGGCACAUGUAGUGGAUAUGGUAUAGCUGGAAGACUGGAAACUAUUACAGUAACUGUUGUUAGUGGGGACGUAUUAGACACUGGAACAGAAAGUGACGCAACACGAAUGGAUAUUUACCUAAAACCCAAUGCUGUGGUUCUUGAAAGCGAUGAUGAUUUUAUCGCAACUGAUACAAUAGCUGUUACAUGGAGUAAACCUGAAGGUGAAGUUAGUAGCUAUACUGUAGAAUGUUCAAAUAAUGGAACUGGAGGUUAUGAAGAAAUAGAUGGUGAAACUGGGAAGUUCCGUGGUAUAUGUAUUGGAUAUGGUACGGCUGGAAAUCUGGAAACUAUUACAGUAACUGCUGUCAGUGGUAACAUAUCAACAACUGGUACAGAAAGUGACCCAACAUCAAUCAGUCUGAAUACAAGUGAGGAUUCAACAACAGAAAGUGUGGAAACAACAGAUGUAGUUGAAUUAACAACAAUAGUUAUAGAUACAGCAAUGUUCGCAACUACAGAAGGUGAAGAUGGAACAACAGUUAGUGUUAUGGAAACAACUAAAGGCGAUGAUAAAACAACAGAAAAUCUUGUGGAAACAACAGAUGCAAUUGAACUAACAACAGUUAUCGAUAAAACAUCAUUCGUAACAACAGAAUCUCAGGAUGCAAUAACUGAAAGUGAAGAUGCAACAACAGGAAGUGUGAAAACAACAGAUGCAAUUGAAUUAACCACAAUAGUUUUAGAUACAGGAUUGUUUGCAACUACAGAAGGUGAAGAUGCCACAACAGAUAGUGUUAUGGAAACAACUAAAGGUGAUGAUGAAACAACAGAAAAUGUUGUGGAAACAACAGAUGCAAUUGAACUAACAACAGUUAUCGAUAAAACAUUAUUCGUCACAACAGAAUCCCAGGAUGCAAUAACUGAAAGUGAAGAUGCAACAACAGGAAGUGUGAAAACAACAGAUGCAAUUGAAUUAACCACAAUAGUUUUAGAUACAGCAAUGUUUGCAACUACAGAAGGUGAAGAUGCCACAACAGAUAGUGUUAUGGAAACAACUAAAGGUGAUGAUAAAACAACAGAAAAUGUUGUGGAAACAACAGAUGCAAUUGAACUAACAACAGUUAUCGAUAAAACAUUAUUCGUGACAACAGAAUCUCAGGAUGCAACAACUGAAAGUGAAGAUGCAACAACAGGAAUACCCAACAGUGUUGUUCUUGCUAGAGAUGAUACUCAGAUUACCAAUGAUACAAUAGCUGUAACAUGGAGAAGUAAUUCUGGGGAUGUAGUUGAUUACUACACAGUGCAGUGUUCAUCUGGUGGUACAACCAAGGACUCAUCUGUAUAUUAUGUUGAUGAUACAGUCAUUUACAGUGCUAAAUGUACUGGGUAUGGGACUGCAGGGAAGUUAGAAUACAUCACAGUGACAGCAGUGAGUGGAAAUAUUAGCACCACUGGAGCAGAAAGUGAACCAUCAACAAUGAAUAUACAUACAAAACCCAACAGUGUUGAUCUUGCUAGAGAUGAUAUUCAAAUCACCAAUGAUACAAUAGCUGUAACAUGGAGUAGUAACUGUGGGGAUAUAGUGGAUUACUACACAGUGCAGUGUUCAUUUAAUGGUACAGCAGAGAACUCGCCUCUACAGUAUGUAAACGAUACAGUCACUUACAGUGCUAAAUGUACUGGGUAUGGGACUGCAGGGAAGUUAGAAAACAUCACAGUUAUUGCAGUAAGUGGUACAUCGGCGCCCAGUCAAUCUGAAAGUGAACCAUCAACAAUGGAUAUACAUACAAAACCCAAUGCUGUGGUUCUGGAAAGCGAUGAUGAUUUUAUCACAACUGAUACAAUAGCAGUUACAUGGAGUAAACCCUUAGGUGAAGUUAGUAGCUAUACUGUGGAAUGUUCAAAUAAUGGAACUGGAGGUUAUGAAAAAAUAUAUGGUGAAACUGAGAAGUACCGUGGUAUAUGUAGUGGAUAUGGUCUGGCUGGAAAUCUGGAAACUAUUACAGUAACUGCUGUCAGUGGUAACAUAUCAACAACUGGUACAGAAAGUGACCCAACAUCAAUCAGUCUGAAUACAAACACAACAACAUAUGUUGAAGUAUCAACAUAUAUAUAUACCAAUACAGUGGAUCCAACAACAGAAGAUACAACUGGAGGUGCAACAAUAAUUCUAGACACAACAGUGGAUGUGACAACAGAAGGUGAAGAUGCAACAACUGGUGAUAUUGUGACAACUGGAGGUGAGGAGGCAACAACAGAAAGUGUCAUGGAAACAUCAGAAAACAUUGAAUUAAUGACAACAGUCUUUGAUACAACAAUGUUUGCAAACACAGAAAGUGAGGAUACAACAACAGAAAGUGUUAUUGAAAGAACUGAAGGUGGGGAUGCAACAAAUGAAAGUGCAGAAACAACAGAUGUAAUUGGAUUACCAACAACAGCCAUAAAUACACCAAUGUUUGCAACAACAGAAGCUGAGGGCGCAUCAACGGUAAAUGUUGUGGAAUCAACAGAUGUAAUUGAAUUAACAACAUUACUCAUAGAUAAAACAGAAUUUGCAACAACAGAGAGUGCUGUGGCAACAACCGAGGAUAAGGAUGACAUAACAGGAAGUGUUAUGGAAACAACAGAUGAAAUUGGAUUAACAACAUCAGCCAGAAGUGAGACUACAACAACAGAACGUGUUAUUCAAACAACUGAAGUUGAGGAUGCAACAACAGAAACUGGUGGCGUAUCAACUGAUGCAGUUAAAUUAACAACAAUCAUAGCGACAACCGUGUAUGCGUCAACAGAAGCUGAUCAUGCAACAACAGAAGGCGUUAGAACAACUGAAGAUGAUGUUGCAACAACAUCGGAUUCCAUUACAAUAGCAACAACUCUCAUAGAUGCAACUGUAUAUGUGACAACAGAAAGUGAGGAUGGCACAACAGUCAUGGAUACAACUGUGGGUGUGACAACAACAAGUGAAUAUGUAACAACAGAAGGUAUUGAUAGAACAUCAGAAGGCGCCGAAGGCACAGCAACAGACAUGGAUACAACUGUUGGUGCGACAACAACAAGUGAAUAUGCAACAACAGAAGGUUUUGAUACCACAUCAGAAGGUGUUGAAGGUACAACAACAGUCAUGGAUACAACUGUGGGUGCGACAACAACAAGUGAAUAUGCAACAACAGAAGGUUUUGAUACCACAUCAGAAAGCGCUGAAGGCAUAACAACAGUCAUGGAUACAACUGUGGGUGCGACAACAACAAGUGAAUAUGCAACAACAGAAGGUAUUGAUAGAACAUCAGAAGGCGCCGAAGGCACAGCAACAGACAUAGAUACAACUAUUGGUGCGACAACAACAAGUGAAUAUGCAACAACAGAAGGUUUUGAUACCACAUCAGAAAGCGCUGAAGGCACAACAACAGUCAAAGAUACAACUGUGGGUGCGACAACAACAAGUGAAUAUGCAACAACAGAAGAUUUUGUUACCACAUCAGAAAGCGCUGAAGGUACAACAACAGUCAUGGAUACAACUGUGGGUGCGACAACAACAAGUGAAUAUGCAACAACAGAAGGUAUUGAUAGAACAUCAGAAGGCGCUGAAGGCACAGCAACAGACAUGGAUACAACUGUUGGUGCGAAAACAACAAGUGAAUAUGCAACCACAGAAGGUUUUGAUACCACAUCAGAAGGUGCUGAAGGUACAACAACAGUCAUGGAUACAACCGUGGGUGCGACAACAACAAGUGAAUAUGCAACAACAGAAGGUUUUGAUACCACAUCAGAAGGUGCUGAAGGUACAACAACAGUCAUGGAUACAACUGUGGGUGCGACAACAACAAGUGAAUAUGCAACAACAGAAGGUUUGGAUACCACAUCAGAAGGUGCUGAAGGUACAACAACAGUCAUGGAUACAACUGUGGGUGCGACAACAACAAGUGAAUAUGCAACAACAGAAGGUCUUGAUACCACAUCAGAAGGUGCUGAAGGUACAACAACAGUCAUGGAUACAACUGUGGGUGCGACAACAACAAGUGAAUAUGCAACAACAGAAGGUCUUGAUACCACAUCAGAAGGUGCUGAAGGUACAACAACAGUCAUGGAUACAACUGUGGGUGCGACAACAACAAGUGAAUAUGCAACAACAGAAGGUGUUGAUAGAACAUCAGAUAGCGUUGAAGGUACAACAACAGUCAUGGAUACAACUGUGGGUGUGACAACUACAGUUAAAGACAUAACAACUACAAUAGGUCAUAUAUUAACCACAACAAUUGAAGGAACAUCAUCUGCUGAAUCAACCACUCCUAAACAUAUAACAACUGCUAAACAUACAACCACGGAAAGUGUUCAAACCACUUCAAAAGUCCCUGUUAUUACAACAACAACAAAAACAACAACAUCUACAACAACAACAUCAAAUACACAAAGCUCAGUGUCAUCGACAUAUAUAUCAGUGAUAAAAGCUUGUAAAAGUUGGCCCUGUCUAAAUGGUGCUACUUGUCGUGAUCAGAGUCCAGGACAUUAUACCUGUGAUUGCUUACCAGGAUACACGGGGGAUCUCUGUCAAGAUUUAGACAUGUGUUUACAAGAGAGGAACGACUGUUCUCAGAUUUGCGUUGAUUUACCAGGCAGAUUUCAAUGUCUGUGCAGACAGGGCUAUUUUUUAGAAGAUGAUUAUAUUACAUGUACAGGUACAUAUAGUUUAACUUCAUUUUCACAUGUAAUACCAUUACUCUUUAUUUAUGGUUUUUAUAUUGAUAUGUUGAUGACGUCAUAUUUAAACCAACAGAUAUUAAUGAAUGUGAAAGCAACCCAUGCAUCCAUGGAACCUGUAAUGAUGAGAUUAAUGGGUUUACAUGUACAUGUUACCCUGGCUACACUGGAACUAUAUGUGGUGACGAAAGAAAAGAAUGUGCAAAGUUAUCCCUGUUACUAUGGUGACUGUACUGACUUAGUGAAUGCCUACCAAUGCACGUGCUGGCCCGGUUUUGAAUCUGCAGAAGAGAACUGUUUAAGAGACAUUAAUGAAUGUGACAAAGGUUUGGAUAAUUGUCAUAUCUAUGCUAAUUGUACAAAUACUGUGGGAAGUUUUACUUGUCAAUGUCAUGAUGGAUAUUAUAAAGAUGGCAAUGAAUGUAAAGAUAUAAACGAAUGUGACGAGGAACCUUGCAGCCAUACCUGUACUAACCUAUCCCCUCAAGAGAAUAGUAAAGGAUUUCUGUGUUCAUGUCCAAUAGGAUGGCGAUUACAAACGAAUGAUGUAAACUGUACAGACAUUGAUGAAUGUGACGAAGGUUUGGAUAAUUGCCAUAUCUAUGCUAAUUGUACAAAUACUGUGGGAAGUUUUACUUGUCAAUGUCAUGAUGGAUAUUAUAAAGAUGGUAAUGAAUGUAAAGAUAUUGAUGAAUGCAGAAUACCUGAUAGAGCUGGUUGUCACGAAGAUGCGACAUGUUUGAAUAGUCAAGGUAGUUUCCUGUGUCAGUGUAAUGCAGGCUAUGGAGGCAAUGGUACACACUGUACUGACAUCAACGAAUGUGACAUGAACAUAUGUGAACACAAAUGUGAGAAUUUUGAUGGUACAUAUGUAUGUUCAUGUCAGACUGGGUUUGUGCUGCUUGCAGAUGGUAUUCACUGUAACGCAUCCAAUGAGUGUUUGUUUCAAACCGAUAACUGUUCACAAAUAUGCAUAGACCUCGAGCAAACUGUUGAGAAUCCAGAGCCAUACAUGUGUCAAUGUGAAGAAGGUUUUUAUCUUGAUGUUGAUAGCAUAACCUGUAUAGAUAUGAACGAAUGUGACAAAGAAACAGAUAAUAAUUGUCAUAAGCAACAUGGUGAAUGCGUCAAUACUGAUGGUUCAUAUUUAUGUAUAUGUAUCAAAGGAUAUACUGGAGAUGGCUUCAAUUGCUUUGAUAUUAAUGAGUGUGAACUACCCGAUGACCAUGAUAACGCUGACAAUUGUGAUACAAAUGCAGAUUGCAUCAAUACAAUGGGAAACUUUACAUGUGAAUGCCAUACUGGUUAUCAACUUAAUGGCACUACAUGUGAUGAUGACAAUGAAUGUGAUGCUAACGACACAUGCUUGGAUAUUAAUGAAGCAAUAUGCGUCAAUCUUCCUGGAACAUAUAGUUGUGGUUGUGACAAUGGUUACCGUGGUGAUGGGAUAAAUUACUGUGAUGACAUCGAUGAAUGUAGGGAAACGCCAGACAUAUGUCACAUAGAUGCCAUAUGUAACAAUACAGCAGGGUCCUAUUAUUGUGAAUGCAAGAAUGGUUUCCAUGUUAAUGGAACAGAAUGUCAAGAUGAUGAUGAGUGUGCCGGUACUUUACACGGCUGUGCUGUGAAUGCUACCUGUAAAAAUACCCAUGGAUCUUAUGGUUGCCAGUGCUUGCAGGGAUUUACUGGUGAUGGGAAAGAUUGUACAGAUAUAGAUGAAUGCGCACAAAACUUAGAUGAGUGUGCUGAAGAGGCCAAUUGUUUAAACACUAUAGGAUCAGUUGACUGUCAUUGUUUUAAAGGAUAUGAAGGAAAUGGCACUGUGUGUAUUGAUGUUGAUGAAUGCUUACAAGGUGCAAACAACACAUGUGUUCAUGUUCAUGCUACAUGUGACAAUCUUCCUGGGACAUAUACUUGUGGUUGUAAAACUGGGUACGAGGGUAAUGGAAUGACACACUGUAAAGACACCAAUGAAUGUGAUGAAGGUCUAUACACAUGUCAUGCAGAUGCAAUUUGUGUAAAUACAGAAGGAUCCUAUGAAUGUCAUUGUAAUGAAGGUUUUUAUAAAAAUGGAACACAAUGUGAAGAUACCAAUGAAUGUGAACAAGGACAUUCAUGUAAUACUCCCACUGAAUUAUGUAUCAACAUAAGGGGCAGUUAUGAAUGUACCUGUAAUAUUUUUAAAGGAUACGAUGUAAGAAAUGGAGAAUGUGUUCCAAUUUCGUGUGAGAACAAUAAUUGUGCAAGUAAUGCUACAUGUACACCUGAUGGAAAAAAAUAUAUUUGCUCUUGCAUUGAUGGUUUUAUUGAUGAGUCACCAGAUUUGAUCGGCAGUCCUGGAAGGGUAUGCACAGAACAAUGUGACGACAGUUUGUGUCACAAAGGCAUGUGUAUUGGAACUGUGAAUAACUUUACCUGUAUUUGUGGUGAUCAGUAUAAAGGAGAAUUCUGUGAAACAAAAAGAGAAGAUGGUGUACCAGAUGAUGCAGCAUUGACAGCAUUACAAAUAGUUGGUACUGCAGUUGGAACAACAGCCGGAGUGAUUAGCAUUGCUCUUGUAAUCUUCUGUGUGCAAUACUGUAGAAUGAAACGCAAGAAAUCUUUGAAAGAAGUCAAUUAUUUGACGUCACCAUGGAAAGAAACAGGAAACGAUGAUGAUGUGUCAAAUGAUUGGUACUGGCAUGAUGGCUAUGAAUCAUAUGAUUCUGACAGUGUUAUCAGCUCAGAUAAAGACUUUGAUCAAGGUCGUUCUGAUAGAUUGUUGACAGCAUUGACAAUGGUCCCUUAUGAGCGAUACAUGGAUGGACGUGGUACAUCUGAAACAUCAUAUUCUACUCAACAAAGUGGUGGAUUUCUUCGCCCAUACGUGGUGGAUGGUACAGAGCUAUCAAGAGACCCCAUGUCCUUAUCACAUGUUACUAGUAUGCCACCGUUACCCAGUGCUGGUAAUUAUAGAAUACCAAGAGCUCAUGUUAAAAAGCCUACGCAUUAA